AUGGGCAAAUUCACCUUGGAAAAGCAAACCUACGAAGUUCCUGGAAGCAGAAGUCCUGGUCAAACAGGCAUCUAUCGUAAUGCUCAACGUCCCGUUGUUGAGGCAUCCUUCUCGCCCAAAGUGAAAUCCAUGAUUGAUGUGUUUAACAAUGGUUUGAAAACCUCAAAGGAUCGCCCAUGUCUCGGUGUGCGCUCAGUAAAGAACGCUCAAACUGGCGAGCGUGGCCCUUAUGUCUGGCAAACCUAUCGUCAGGUGAGCCAUAGAAUCACCAAUUUUGGCUCUGGUCUCUUGAACUAUUUGAACCACACCAUGAACGACACUCGCACCUCCAACAUCCCUAUCGGUAUCUGGUCAAUCAAUCGUCCUGAGUGGACCAUCACUGAUUUGGGCUGUGCUUCCUACUCUCUUUACACUGUCGCCCUCUACGAUACACUGGGUCCUGACACUGUCGAAUUCGUUGUCAACCAUGCUGAACUCGAAACCGUUGUUUGUUCUGGAGAUCACAUUGCCGACCUUUUGAAAUUAAGACACAAAUUGCCUAAUCUCAAGACCAUCAUCUCUAUGGACUCCAUUGAGGAGGUAGCUCGUCCUGGUGUUGCCUCCAAGAGUGACAUUAUCAAGGCUUGGGCUGCUGAAAAGAACGUGAAUUUGGUCGAUUUCAACUUUAUCGAGGAGUUGGGCAAGAAGAACAGACGCUCCUACAACUAUCCCAAGUCAGAGGAUUUAGCUUGUAUCAUGUACACCAGUGGUACAACUGGUAUGCCAAAGGGCGCCAUGUUGACCCACGGUAACUUUGUCUCUGCAUUGUCUGCCAGUUAUCAAAGUUUCGGUGGUACUGCUGAGGACUCUAGUAUCUCUUACUUGCCUCUCGCUCACAUCUUUGGCCGUGUAUGCGAUAUGUUGUGUCUCUGUAUUGGUGGUCGCUUGGGCUACUUUGCUGGUGACAUGAACCUCUUGGUCGAGGAUAUCCAAGAAAUGAAGCCUACCAUUUUCGCUACUGUACCACGUCUCCUGAAUCGUGUUUAUGGUAAGAUUGUUGCCUCCACCGUAAAUGCUCCUGGUGCUACCGGCGCUUUGGCUCGCCGUGGUAUUGCUACAAAGUUGGCUAAUCUCGAAGCUGGUAAGGGUUAUACUCAUCCCUUCUGGGAUCGUUUGAUCUUUAACAAGGUCAAGAGUGCUCUUGGUGGACAUGUUCGUAUCAUGGUUACUGGUUCCGCUCCCAUUGGUAAGGAUGUCAUGCAAUUCCUCCGUGUUGCUCUCUGCUGCGAUAUCCGUGAAGGCUACGGUGCCACUGAAACCUGUGCUGCUUCCACCAUCCAUUAUCCCAACGAAUUCAAGGCUGGCCACAUUGGCGCUCCCUUCACAUGUAACGAAGUUAAGUUAGUGGAUGUCCCUGAAAUGAACUACCUCUCUACUGAUCCCUAUCCUCGUGGUGAAAUUUGUAUCCGUGGUCCUAACGUUUUCAAGGGAUAUUACAAGGAUGAGGAAAAGACCAAAGAGGCUAUUGAUGAGGAGGGUUGGUUCCACACUGGUGAUGUUGGUAUGAUCAACGAGCGUGGCAGCAUUGUCAUCAUUGAUCGCAAAAAGAACAUUUUCAAGUUGGCUCAAGGUGAAUACAUUGCCCCUGAAAAGAUUGAAAACAUCUAUGCAAAGGACCCUGUCAUUGGCCAAAUCUAUUUGCACGGUGAUUCAUUGCAAAGCUCUUUGGUUGCUAUCGUCGUCCCUGAUCCCGAUACUUUGGCUGCUAUCGUUCAAGCCAAGUUACCUCAAGUGCAUGCCAAGAAGUUGAGCUUUGCUGAAUUAUGUAAGGCUCCCGAGGUGGUUGUCUUGGUUUUGGAUCAAAUGACCAAGGUCGGUAAGAAGGCUGAAUUGCGUGGUUUCGAACAAGCCAAGGCCUUGUAUUUAGAAUCAGAGCCUUUUGCUGUUGAAAACGAUCUCUUGACUCCUACUUUCAAGGUCAAGCGUCCUCAAGCCAAGAAGCACUACGAAGCCAAGAUUGCUGAACUCUAUGAAGCUCUUAAUAACCAGGUUGAACCUGCUAAGGCUAAGCUUUAA